GUCGAGGCAUGUUAAGACUUGUUUCUUUUUCCAAAAUGUCCAAGUUGCUAAAGAGAACUAUGGACUAUGGGUCAGGAAGUCCGUCGGUUUCGGGUCACAUUCCGCUCCCGCAGGCCUGCGGGCCGCCCCAGCUGGUUUGUUCCCGGCGUGUUAGAGGUCAGAGGCCGAGGCCGCACUCAGUGCCUGGGUCUCGCGCAGCUCCAGGGCUCUCAGGCGACACUGGGCGUUUCCUUUCCGGCUUCGGAAAGUUUUGUUUUGGUUCAAGGAAAGGCGCCCUGUUGACCAAAGGCUUCUCAGUCUCCUCCGGGUGGCCAGCGGCCAAGUUUCCUCCAGCCCAGCGAGUCCAGACUAUAGUCCGUUCGAGAUCCUCGAAGGCCGGGGAAGCGAGUCUUGUGAGGAGAGAAAGCGAGUGGGCAGCCAGCCUGCCGACUCCACUGCCGCUGGCUGGCCCUUCUCUUCCCUCUGUCCCUGGGCUAGUGCCCGUCGCACCGCAAACAGUGCGAGCAGUCUCCCUGGUGGCUCCUCAAGGACCCAGUUCUCCACCAUUCCUAAGAGAACACUCAACCCAGCCGCGCCCGGGAUGCAGAGAGAUCUACCAACACCCGAGAAUGGGGACAGGGCGCAUGCGCACACCGUGGCCGUGGCGUCUAAGUGCUCGCCCUUCGGCGGCAGCCGCUAGGUGGCGCAUGCGCCCUGGAAGGUGCGGGCCGGUCUCUGGGAAGAAGGCGGCGGCGGCGAAAGGCGGGGGUGCUGUGGGGGCCGGGCCGUGUUUACACAGCGGCGGGCGGGCGCGGACGCGGAACCCGGCGCGGCGGCGGCACGAUGGUCAUGGCGUAUUUCGUCGAUAAUUUUUGGGGGGAAAAAAAUAGUGGCUUUGACGUCCUCUACCAUAAUAUGAAACAUGGACAGAUAUCAACAAAAGAACUAGCAGAUUUUGUAAGGGAACGAGCUACCAUAGAGGAGGCAUACUCCAGGUCAAUGACAAAACUAGCAAAAUCUGCAAGCAAUUAUUCACAACUUGGAACAUUUGCACCAGUAUGGGAUGUAUUCAAAACAUCUACAGAGAAAUUAGCAAAUUGUCACUUGGAUCUUGUUAGAAAAUUACAAGAAUUAAUAAAGGAAGUUCAGAAGUAUGGAGAAGAACAAGUAAAGUCUCAUAAAAAGACUAAAGAAGAAGUUGCAGGAACUCUGGAAGCUGUCCAAACCAUUCAGAGCAUAACUCAGGCCCUCCAGAAAUCCAAGGAAAAUUACAAUGCCAAGUGUGUAGAACAGGAGCGUUUGAAAAAGGAAGGAGCUACACAAAGAGAAAUAGAAAAGGCAGCUGUUAAAUCUAAGAAAGCUACAGAUACCUAUAAACUCUAUGUGGAAAAAUACGCAUUAGCAAAAGCUGAUUUCGAACAGAAAAUGACAGAAACAGCUCAGAAAUUUCAAGAUAUUGAAGAAACUCAUCUCAUUCACAUAAAGGAAAUUAUAGGAUCCUUGUCAAAUGCUAUAAAGGAAAUUCAUUUGCAGAUAGGCCAGGUCCAUGAAGAAUUUAUAAAUAACAUGGCUAAUACUACAGUUGAAAGUUUGAUACAAAAAUUUGCUGAGUCAAAAGGCACUGGGAAGGAAAGACCUGGCCUCAUUGAAUUUGAAGAAUGUGACACUGCUAGUGCAGUUGAAGGUAUAAAACCAAGGAAAAGAAAGACCUUUGCUUUGCCAGGAAUCAUUAAAAAGGAAAAAGAUGCAGAAUCUGUGGAAUGUCCUGAUGCAGAUUCAUUGAACAUUCCUGAUGUAGAUGAAGAAGGCUACAGUAUUAAACCAGAAACAAAUCAGAAUGAUACCAAAGAGAACCAUUUCUACUCAUCUAGUGAUUCUGACUCCGAAGAUGAAGAACCAAAGAAGUAUCGGAUAGAAAUUAAGCCUAUGCAUCCAAAUAACUCACAUCACACAGUGGCUUCUUUGGAUGAAUUAAAAGUAUCUAUAGGGAAUAUAACACUCUCCCCAGCAAUAUCUAGACACAGUCCAGUACAGAUGAAUCGGAAUUUGUCUAAUGAGGAGUUAACAAAAUCAAAGCCAUCUGCUCCACCCAAUGAAAAAGGAACCAGUGAUUUACUUGCUUGGGACCCCCUAUUUGGACCAUCUCUUGAUUCAUCUUCUUCAUCUUCACUAACUUCAUCAUCAUCAGCCAGGCCCACAACUCCUCUUUCUGUAGGCACCAUUGUCCCACCUCCGAGGCCUGCUUCCAGACCAAAGCUUACUUCAGGCAAACUCAGUGGGAUUAAUGAAAUACCCAGGCCAUUCAGCCCACCUGUAACUUCCAACACCAGCCCACCUCCUGCUGCACCAUUAGCCCGGGCAGAAAGUUCUUCUUCUAUCUCAUCAUCUGCUUCAUUGAGUGCUGCCAAUACUCCAACAGUAGGUGUGUCACGGGGUCCCAGCCCUGUCAGCCUUGGAAAUCAGGAUACCUUACCUGUGGCAGUUGCCCUUACAGAAUCUGUUAAUGCCUAUUUUAAAGGAGCAGAUCCCACCAAGUGUAUUGUGAAGAUCACUGGUGAUGUGACAAUGUCAUUUCCAAGUGGAAUUAUUAAAGUCUUCACCAGCAAUCCAACUCCAGCUGUGUUGUGCUUCAGGGUGAAAAAUAUCAGCAGACUAGAGCAGAUUCUUCCAAAUGCACAGCUUGUGUUCAGUGAUCCAUCACAAUGUGAUUCCAACACAAAAGAUUUUUGGAUGAACAUGCAAGCUGUUACUGUCUACCUCAAGAAGCUGUCAGAGCAAAAUCCAGCUGCUUCUUAUUAUAAUGUAGAUGUAUUAAAGUAUCAGGUAUCAUCAAAUGGUAUUCAGUCCACUCCUCUGAAUCUUGCAACAUACUGGAAAUGUAGUGCUAGCACCACAGAUCUUAGAGUGGAUUAUAAAUACAAUCCAGAAGCUAUGGUGGCACCUAGUGUGCUUUCCAACAUACAGGUGGUGGUACCAGUGGAUGGAGGAGUAACGAACAUGCAGUCCCUUCCCCCUGCAAUAUGGAAUGCAGAACAAAUGAAAGCCUUUUGGAAAUUGUCUAGUAUUUCAGAAAAAUCAGAAAAUGGAGGUUCUGGGUCCCUCCGAGCAAAAUUUGAUCUUUCAGAAGGACCUAGUAAACCCACGACACUUGCAGUACAAUUCCUCAGCGAGGGAAGUACCCUUUCAGGAGUAGAUUUCGAACUUGUGGGCACUGGCUAUAGGCUUUCCUUAAUAAAGAAGCGGUUUGCUACUGGACGAUACCUGGCGGAUUGUUGAUGGACCUGGGAAAGUGAUGUGGCUUCAGGGAGUACAAACCUGCCAUUCUGCAUUAUCUGUUCUUUCCAAACACUAUUUUAACUUGUAUGAUGUCUUUCAAACUUAGACAUAUUUGAGAGCUGACUACAAACAUUAAAUCGCACUUUUAAAGUGAGUCAUUGAAAUAAAUAGUACUGAAGUGAUUCUCUGUGUUGUAAAUGAUCAACUACAAUAUUCAGGAAGCACAUUUAUUCAGAUUCUCAGUAAAAAUGAAGUUUUUGUAGGAUUAAUUUUUAAAUUAUUUCCAGUGUCUAUGUUGAAAAAAAGGGUUAUAGUGUAAUAUCAGGCCUAAAGUGUCAGGAGAGCAAGCACAAAGUAAUUUAGCUUUCCAUACAUUUUUAGAGUCAGAGAUAACUUUGAAAUUUCAUAAGUUUGAUAUUCAGUGGAUACAAAUAGAACAUGAAUUCUAAGUUUUGGGUAAUGUUAACUCAGAACACUUAAUCAAAUUGAGCUAUGUGCCAUAAGGUAAUCAGACCAGAGUCCAAGUUGUAUGCAAAAAAUCUAUAAUUUGAUUCUCAUAAACAUAUUAAUAAAGUAUAAGUGAUGUUUUAUAUGAUUUUUAAAAAAAUUCUCAAGUGCAAUGUGUUUUAAAAUAAGCUUGCAAAUGACAGCAGAGACAUUUACUUCUGCAGUUAGUUAACUUUAUAGAAGUUGUGAUUUUUUUGAUGAAUUAAUGCUGUAGAUUUAAUUUAUUUUUAUAUGGAAUUGCAUAAUGUGUGCCUUUUAAAACAAUAACAAAAACCAGAGAUGUGCCUAUACAAUUUGUGUUCAUUAAUGUGCCUCACUUUUUUUCUCAGUCUGAAUCUUCUGUUCAGAAUCUUACAGUGAUCAAGCAUUUUUAUAAGAUAUUUGCAAUUUUUGUAAAUAUUUUUGGCCUGCAACUGGGAAGGGGAUUCAGAGUCAUAAAGCCUAACUUAAGAAUCCUGGCUCACUUCUUUGGUGAUACACUGUAGCCACUAGAAAGAGAAAUAAACCCAAUGGCAUGUGUUUACAGGAAGAAAGAUUACCUUCAGAUACUUGACAUUAACCUCAUCAAAAGUGUGUGAAUUUUAAAACAAAUUCUAAAAAAACUAUAGUGCUAAAUUGGUAACUGGUAUUUUAACUCUCAAUUUAGCAUUUUCCUUGAUACUUUAUCAUUGAAAAUUUAUGCAUUUAUUUACUGAUUGUGUUGUGAACAUGAGUUUUAUGGUAUUUUGUGAGGGAUGCAUUUUUUAAAAGAUUAAUUUUGGAAACAGAAGGAGAAGCACUGCCAUUUGUUUUUAUUUCAACAAUUGGAAAAAUUACCAAUUUGUACAUUUUAAUUAUUCAAUUUCUACUUUGUAAAAAUAGGGAAAUUAUUUGAAGUGAUAUAUUUGGUUAAACAUUUCUAAAAAUAAACUACCAAUACUAAAUAGUAAGAAACCUAACUUUAGUAGCAAAUCUUGAUUAAUUGAAGAAAUAAAAUAUUUCGGAUAAGGUUUCAUAAUUUACAAAUGGGAAUUUCAUUUAUAAUAAUAAAUAUGAGUGUCCUUUAUUUGCCUAGUAGAAGUGAUAAAUUGUGUUAUAUAUGAUAAUUUAUAUAAAACCACUAAUUGUUCCGUUAAGCUUCACAGAAAAUAAAACCUCUAUUACUAGACAUUUAUGUAACAUCUUGCUGUACUAAAUACAGCAGAAAAUCUACUCUUUAGCAAUAUAUAACACAGUAUAUGCUUUUUUAUAUAUUCAAUGUUAGCCCAAGUCUGAAUUUACAUUAGACUAAAGCAGCACAUAAGAUAAUUUGCUAAAAUGCUAAUCUUUACUAAAUAGUGAGCUAAAUUAGAAUUUCUAACUCUUAUAUUGUGCUCUUUUAAAUGCCAAUUACAGUCCCUUACUGGAAUUCUAACUGUAAUUUGCUUUGCAAUCAAACUGCUUUUCGGACAGCCAAUAUUUUAUUAUUGGAAUUCAGACACUGUUCUUACCGUGUUUGUUUUUAAUCAAGUAUUACCUAAAAAUGUACAAAUUAGUGAAAUGGUUAAACUUCUGCACUUUCUUAAUUACCACAGUCUUCAUACCAAGUAUUGGGUACAGGUUACAAUUUUGAAGCCAUAUGAGUUUAUGUUGAUUUUUUUUUUCCAUUUAAAAAUCCACUAAUGGUGUAAAAGAGACCAGUAGAUUUUCAAUGGGAAAUGUACCUAGCAAGCUGGUUCUUGCUUAUAUAUAGUGAUAAACUUUGUAGCUGCCUCUUUAACCAAGAAUUUGUAAACACAACUCUAAUAAAUGUGAGUUUUUAAGGAUUGUUAUUUACUACUUUGGAUUGUAAUUAGAACAAUGCACAUCUGUCUUCCAAGAUUUUGUAAAUAUUUUUGAUUUUUUUCAUUAAAUGUAAAUUUUACAUAAAAGUUGUGCUCUUAAUAAACAUGUAAUAUAUAAUUUA